AACGCUUGCGUCGUUGGUCCUCUACGUCAUCAUUGAGCGCCUCUUGUUUAUGAAGUCGUUUUUUGACAAUCAGGUUAUGUAAAAUAUUUCAGCCGACAGAAAGACUAUUUGAGAAAUAAAUUGCAUGACAGCAACGAAAGUUCUGCGGUUUAAAUACUCCGAUAGUGAGAGUUUGAUAAAAAAAAAAAUAGUUGACGAAAUGAGGAAAACCGUUCGAAAGAUAUGCCCCCGUCCGGAGACAUAACACAGUGAGCAAACAUGGAGGAAGAGGAAGUCCUUGGUGAGCAGCUGUACAGUCGCAUCUACCCCAAACACAGCGACGAUGCUGCUAAACUGACAGGUAUGCUGCUGGAACUUCCUGGUCAUGUUUUGAGUCAGAUACUGCAAGAUGAGGCCAUGCUCAAUGCAGCUGUGGAAAAAGCAGUUGGCGCUUUGCAGUUGGACCAGAAGGAGCCCAGUUGCAGCAAAAUAAAGAGUAAAGAAGAUGAUGACCUUUCGGUGUCUUCAGACUCUUUGGGCGAGCAGCUUUUUGACCUUGUAAAUGUUUUCGACACUGGUUACUCACAGAAGAUCACAGGUAUGUUACUGGAGCAGCACAAGAAAGCUGUUUUAAAUCUUCUCUCGGAUCCCAAACAGCUGGAAGAGCAGGUGAACAAAGCGCUCAGGACUUUAAAAGAACAGCAUGUGGAGGAGACAGACAUCAGUGACUUUUCAGACACUGAAGAUGCAGAGAGGUUGGGAGAAAAGCUCUUCUCACUGGUGGAGAAAUUAGACCAGUGUCAUGCACACGACAUUACCGGCAUGCUGCUGGAGAUGGACACAGGUGUUCUCCACCAGCUGCUAAGUGAGCGUACCAUGCUGGAGGCUGCUGUGCAGAAAGCACAAGCAGCUCUGGAGACAUAAACAAGAAUACAAUCCAUAUUGGUGUUGAGCUGGACAACUGAACUUUGGACUGAAAACAAUGAGUACAAGUUUAAGCUUUUGAUUUACUUGAGUAAUGUGUAUUUACGAUUUUGUUAUAACUUUGAACUUUACAAAAUGCUAAUUUGAUGACUUAAGUUACACUGACAUUGUUUGACAUUCUUCAGAGGAUAUUCUCCAUAAAUAGUGCAGGUGUGGUAAUCCAUGUUACAUAAAACAAAAUACACGUUUCAUAGCGCUACAUAACACAAAAAUACCUUUUUAUUCAGUACUUGUCUGUGUUUUUACAUGAUCAAAUGAAAGCUUGCUUUCCUGAAACAAAUUGGGACCAUUUCAAAUAUUACAAAUUCACAAAUAAACUUAAUGAAAUAUGAGGUGAGUGUAGGAAUUAUGAUUCAAUUAAAACUGUCAUUAAAUUACAAUGUGUACUUGAAAGUACACUUCUUCAUAUACAAUGUAGAUUUGGGGGAUGGGCAAUUAAUACAAACACAAAAUUCAUGACAUUUGUGGUGGAUCAAAUGUUUCUCUUCUAAGCUAAUUACACACACAAAUUAAGUUCUCCACACAUGCACUCUCUCUUACACACUUAUUUAUGCAUAAAGCCCAUUAAUACAAUCAAUAAAAUAUACAAAUAUUUGGAUAUAUUUAUUUUUUAUUUUUAGCACUGUUCAUGAUUCCUGCUGGUCCGAAGACACUACUCAUUGGGCGGGAAAUAUUUGGUCCAAACUGGGACCAAAAGCCCUUCAAAGUUGACUCAUUGAUUGAAAGGAGGACAUGAAAUAAAUUAUGUGGAAACAUGCGGCAUCUUCACAUCGCUGAAUUAGUCCAACUCCAGUCUGUUUGCUUGUAGUCAUUGACAGGAGGGAAAGCACACAACACAGCAGACAACGCACUACAGACACUGGUCAUUCUUGCACACAGCAUGCUGUCUCCAGUGGAACCCUGAAGAACGGCAUACAACACCACAAUAGGAAACUUAUAAAAAGGUGCUUCUUUCUCUCUAUCCAUCUCACACAAAAUCAGUCAAACUAUUGGACUUUUAAGACACAAGACUGAGAAGAUACAGGAUGCUGCUUGUGAUUAAAGUGAAGCUGGACAGCAGAGAGGGCUUUUAUUUGUACACUAUGUAAUGCCUGCAUGUUUAUGUGAAGGCAGCAGAGACUUCUGCUCAAGAAAAAACACUAGAUUUGUUAAAAAAUAUAAUUUGUAGCCAUUAUGGAAUUCAAAAGGAACAAGUGGCUAAACUGUUGACUGACACGAUGGUGAAUAGUCGUUCUCCGAGAAAGGUUCCUUCAGACACACAGCAGCUCAUCUUCAUGCUUCGUUGACUUCCAGGUAGCGAAACACUUAGUCCAACAAGUGCUUACAGUCGAGAUGUUCACUUCAUCAACUCCUCCAGAUAUCACUUACAUGAGAAGAACAAACAAAUGAAUAUAAAGCGGGGGUGGGAUAUGAGGUAAGGUUUGUUAGUCUCCACCUGUGUUCACAUAGGUUACGAAAAGGUGCCACCCCCUACAGAUGCAUUCCUCAGGCUUGGACGACUCUGCAGAGACAAGCAAGAGUUACUACAGUCCUCGUGUCCCUUCCGUUGCUGGCGGAGCAGAGCCACAGAACAAAAAAAAGACACACUUCCAGUGCUGCCCUCAUAUUACAACAACACAAGCUAAAUAAAUUGUGUUAUCAAUACUGUAACUUUGUUUAGUAACCAUGCAGAUACUAUGGAGGGUUAAUGGAGCUGCAUCACAACAAAUACACAUCUUCAGCAUGCUUCAAUACUGACCAAUGACUACCAACCAUGCGUCCCAUUAAGACCAAGGACUACCGACCGUGCUUCACUGUAGGACCACUGAUUACCCAGCAUGUUCUAUUCUCUGACCAAUGGCUACUAAGCCUGAUUCACUCUUUGACCAAUGCAUUUUUAACAGGCUUGGUUGGACCAAAGAGCUCCCAGCAUGACUUACUUUCUGACCAAUGACCACCCAAUAUGUUGCGCUCUGACUGAUGACAAUCUGGCGUGCUUCACGUUUUGAUAUAUGACAACCAAGCAUGCUGUAAUUUCCUACCAAUGAUUGGCCAGAUUCUCACUAGUUACAAAAAAAUAAUUUCCGAAUAUCUAUGGGUAAAUAACUACGGCGCGGGUUUUUUCAACUCAACACGAUUCUCGAUUCAAAAACGAUUUUUUCCCGAUUCAAAUGGAUUCUCUAUUCAUUCAAUACAUAGGAUUUCAGCAGGAUCUACCCCAGUCUGCUGACAUGCAAGCAGAGUAGUAGAUUAUUGUAAAAAGCUUUUAUAAUUGUAAAGGACAAUGAUUUAUCAACCGAUUACAAUAAUGUAAAUUUGUUUUAACUAUUAAACGAACCAAAAAUAUGACUCAAAAUAUUGGACACGGUGUGUUGUCAAGCUUAUGAGAUGCGAUGCACGGAACGACACAGGAGGUCCUUCAUACCGACAGCCAUCAGACUGUAUAAUGCAUAUGUUCCUUCUUGACUGCACUUAAAUGUAGAAUAUAUUUAUAUUAUUCAUAUGUUGUAUAUUAAUUAUUAUUAUUAUUGUUUAUUGUGAGCGAACUGUGGUGCUGAAUUUCCCCCGGGGAUCAAUAAAGUACUUUCUAUUCUAUUCUAAGCGUAAGCCACUAUGACACUAUUGUUCUUUUUUUAAUUUUCAUAAAUGUCUAAUGAUAAUUUAAAUGAGGGAUUUUUAAUCACUGCUAUGCUGAAAUUAUAACUAAUAUUGAUACUGUUGUUGAUAAUAUUCAUUUUUGUUUCACUACUUUUGGUUUGUUCUGUGUCGUGUUUGUGUCUUCUCUCAAUUGUUCCGUUUAUUGCAGUUCUGAGUGUUGCUGGGUCAGGUUUGGUUUUGGAAUUGGAUUGCAUUGUUAUGGUAUUGCUGUGUAUUGUUUUGUUGGAUUGAUUAAAAAAAUUGAGAAUCGA